AUGGCCCAUACCGCCAAUUUCACCACUGUUCUCCGAGAACAAGCCACCCAGUGCGGCGCUGCGAUGCCGAUUCCAGUAGACGACACAAUGCGAGAAAUGCUCGGCUUGCUUCAGCAGCAGACCCAAUCAAGCUGGCUGAGUGCUUUUUCGUCCGCUGUCUCGGCGUUGGCUGUGCUUACGGCUCUCGGAGCCCCACUGCUGUUGGAAUGGGUGGGUAGAAAGAAGAAGGCAAAGCUCGAGAAGGCCAAGGCCGAGAUGGACGCCCUCCAAAAGCGGACGGAAACCUUGGACCACAAUCUGCAGCGCGAGAGGGAGUGGCGCUUGGUGCUGGAGAAUCGCGUGCUGGUCCUCGAGGGAGUGGCCAGGAAAUAA